ACGUUUGGACCACGUGACUGGCAGCCAUCGCUUUACCUAAUUCAUGUCCAACCCAAAAUGGGAAAGAGGUGGAAGGGAUUGGAGAGGACAGAACGAACAGCAAUGCAAUAGCUUGGGUAUUGUGUUUAAAAUCGGGGGGGAAAAAAACUCGCUUUUCCAAAUCCUCUCUGUAGGUUUUAUUGGUUGAAAACAAGAAGUUGCCAAGAUCAGUCGUCCUGGUCCCUUUGCAGAAAAACAGCCCCAAAGCAUGAUGUUUCCACCCCCAUGCUUCACAGUAGGUGUGUGCUUGAACCAAGACCUGGCCUGAUCCUGUUACCUGGCAACCAGUGAUUUGGCACCAAUCCUAGCCUCCUGAUUGGCUGUGACAGAAGCAGGCUGUAGAGGUGGUGAGGAGGGGGCAACCGAAAACAAACUACUUUGCUCACCCCCUUUUUUUGUUUCUUCUUUGAUUUGAAGGGGGGGGAGAGGAGCACUCGACAGGAGGAGGAGUGCUCUGUGGGCGCUCUAACUUCACAAAGGAGCAUGGGGCAGAGUGUUCCUGGAGGCAUAAAGACUAUUGACAUGAGGGACCCGGCAUUCAGGCCUCUGGAGCUGGCAGCUCUGGACCAUAACAAGCCCUCCAGGCUGGAUCUGCUGCUGGACAUGCCCCCUGCUGGACAGGAGGUCCAGAUGCAGCACUCGUGGAACAACAACGACCGAUCGCUCAACAUCUUCGUCAAGGACGACAACAAACUGGUCUUCCAUCGGCACCCCGUGGCUCAGAGCACGGACGCCAUCCGGGCCUGUAUCGGCUACACCCGGGGGCUACACAUCUGGGAGAUCAGCUGGGCCAUGAGACAGCGGGGCACGCACGCCAUCGUCGGCGUGGCGACGGGAGAGGCGCCGCUUCAUUCCGUAGGCUACACGACCCUGGUGGGUAAUAACCACGAGUCCUGGGGCUGGGACCUAGGACGGAAUAGACUUCACCACGAUGGAAAGAAUCAGCCCAGUAAGAUGUACCCUGCGUUCCUGGAGCCGGAUGAGACAUUUAUAGUCCCCGAUUCAUUCCUGGUAGUGUUGGACAUGGACGAGGGGACUCUGAGCUAUAUAGUGGACGGACAAUACUUAGGGGUGGCUUUCAGAGGACUCAAGGGGAGGAAGCUGUACCCUGUCGUCAGUGCUGUGUGGGGGCACUGUGAAAUACGAAUCCGCUACAUCAAUGGACUCGAUCCUGAGCCUCUCCCUCUGAUGGACCUGUGUCGGUGCUCCGUGAGGGUAACUCUGGGCAGAGAACGACUGAGUGAGAUCCAUGGUCUGCCUCUACCAGCCUCUCUCAAGAAUUACCUGCUCUACCAAUGACCCCCCUCAGCACAACAUAGAGAACAUCUCUUAGAUCCGUGGACUGCCCCGUCUGUUGCCUCAAUACAUACACAGAACAUGUCUCUCUCCUCUGACUGCCCCGUCUGUUGCCUCAAUACAAACACAGAACAUGUCUCUCUCCUCUGACUGCCCCGUCUGUUGUCUCAAUACAAACACAGAACAUGUCUCUCUCCUCUGACUGCCCCGUCUGUUGUCUCAAUACAAACACAGAACAUGUCUCUCUCCUCUGACUGCCCCGUCUGUUGUCUCAAUACAAACACAGAACAUGUCUCUCUCCUCUGACUGCCCCGUCUGUUGUCUCAAUACAAACACAGAACAUGUCUCUCUCCUCUGACUGCCCCGUCUGUUGUCUCAAUACAAACACAGAACAUGUCUCUCUCCUCUGACUGCCCUGUCUGUUGUCUCAAUACAAACACAGAACAUGUCUCUCUCCUCUGACUGCCCCGUCUGUUGCCUCAAUACAAACACAGAACAUGUCUCUCUCCUCUGACUGCCCUGUCUGUUGUCUCAAUACAAACACAGAACAUGUCUCUCUCCUCUGACUGCCCCGUCUGUUGUCUCAAUACAAACACAGAACAUGUCUCUCUCCUCUGACUGCCCCGUCUGUUGUCUCAAUACAAACACAGAACAUGUCUCUCUCCUCUGACUGCCCCGUCUGUUGCCUCAAUACAAACACAGAACAUGUCUCUCUCCUCUGACUGCCCCGUCUGUUGUCUCAAUACAAACACAGAACAUGUCUCUCUCCUCUGACUGCCCCGUCUGUUGCCUCAAUACAAACACAGAACAUGUCUCUCUCCCUCUCUCCUCUGACUGCCCUGUCUGUUGUCUCAAUACAAACACAGAACAUGUCUCUCUCCUCUGACUGCCCCGUCUGUUGUCUCAAUACAAACACAGAACAUGUCUCUCUCCUCUGACUGCCCCGUCUGUUGUCUCAAUACAUACACAGAACAUGUCUCUCUCCUCUGACUGCCCCGUCUGUUGUCUCAAUACAAACACAGAACAUGUCUCUCUCCUCUGACUGCCCCGUCUGUUGCCUCAAUACAAACACAGAACAUGUCUCUCUCCCUCUCUCCUCUGACUGCCCUGUCUGUUGUCUCAAUACAAACACAGAACAUGUCUCUCUCCUCUGACUGCCCCGUCUGUUGCCUCAAUACAAACACAGAACAUGUCUCUCUCCUCUGACUGCCCCGUCUGUUGCCUCAAUACAAACACAGAACAUGUCUCUCUCCUCUGACUGCCCUGUCUGUUGCCUCAAUACAAACACAGAACAUGUCUCUCUCCUCUGACUGCCCUGUCUGUUGUCUCAAUACAAACACAGAACAUGUCUCUCUCCUCUGACUGCCCCGUCUGUUGUCUCAAUACAUACACAGAACAUGUCUCUCUCCUCUGACUGCCCCGUCUGUUGUCUCAAUACAAACACAGAACAUGUCUCUCUCCUCUGACUGCCCUGUCUGUUGCCUCAAUACAAACACAGAACAUGUCUCUCUCCUCUGACUGCCCCGUCUGUUGUCUCAAUACAUACAGAAAACAUGUCUCUCCCUCUCUGUCUGUCUCUGGGAUUUUCCCUCUCAGAAGUGUAGCUCAACCAGUUCAACAACUCGACACAUCACUCCAGCCUCUCGGUUCGAGCUCUGACUCAUCCUUCCCAACCCUCAGGGUUGGUUUGUACCAAUCACACCACAGAGUGAGAAGAACAUCAUUGUGUGAUGCCUGGAGUGUUCAGGAAGCCGUAAGAGACCGUGGUUGAUAAUGGGUCAAGUCUUUUUUUUUUAAAUUUUAGUUCUAUAAUCCUGUUUAUGAUGGUUUACUUCAAUCAUAUACUGAGAUAUCCACGUCGAUGACAGGCAUGACAUGCAGAGGGCUUUAUGCGUAUAUUUGCUGGUCCUGAGGGCUUUGAGAUGACUGCCAUAGUGGUACUACAAUAUGUCUUGUCUGUAUGUGUGUUGAAGUGCAAUGAGUUUAAAUGGUGCCGCCAGUCUGUUGUGACCGCAACACCUCCUUAAUAGUGAUUUUUGACUUUGUCUCUCCUUUUCCUUUUUGUCAUCUUAAAUGAAAAUUCAAUCAAGUGAUUGAUUGCUGUCUGACGUGUCCGGUUGGUAAAUAGUUGGUUUAUUGUGUUGGGAGUCCACCCCCCCCCCACCCCCUCUUCAGUUUGGUGGAGGGCCGUUGUGUGGUAUAACAGAUGGCUUUUGUUGCAUGUUGAAAAAUAUUUGUCAACAUUUUCCAAGCACAAGGUGGUGCUAUUUCUCAUCUUUAAUUGUUCCUCCUCUUUUAGUGGUCCGUCAGGAAAUGGUACUCCUUUUUUAAAUACUUGAGAGAUUUUAUGAGAUUUCCUUGGAAGUUUUUUUUAAUAAAGUUAUAGUUAGUGCUCACCUUCCUCACACUCUCCAGUAGAUGAUGGUUGAUCUCAGCCCAGACUGUGUGUGCCUGGUGAUGGCCAUGCGCUUGACCACCUGCCAUUAUUAUUGUGGUGUGUGAUAUAUAUAUAUAUAACACACAACACUGACCACCUGUUACGAAGGUGGUGAUACAUCUCCAUUACUCCUGGAAACACCAACACCGCAGUUUGUUCUUCAAGGUGACCGUACACCUACCCCCAACCUUUUAAAGGGACAGUUCACCCAAAUUACACCCCCCGAUGAUAGUAUAAGCUGUCUGGACAAGGACGGAGUACAAUCCAAGCUUUGGGUUCGUUUACCUAGAAUCCCGUUAUCCAUAGACCUGCUCUCGGGGUAAAAAAAAAAAAGUAUAUUUUUAUUUGGGUGAACUCAGCGCAGCAGAGCAAUCAGGUUUUCUCCCUGCAAUAUUUGAAGCACCUGUUAAAUGUACCGAUGUCCCCAACAUAUUUUUAUUGAAAAGCUUAUAUAUAUUCAUUCAUAUAUAUGAAUGAAUGAAUGAAUGAUAUCGCUGUGAGAAUUUCUAACAUGUACUAGCAGACUGUUUUGUCAUUGGUCGCCAAGCCAUUCACUGUACAAUGUGCGUGACCGUAGUCUUCUCUCUGCUUCGGACCCAUGGACACUUGUUUGGGUAUAAGGGCUGGUUAGGUAAUUCUGAAAUGUGUGGGGAUGUCAUUGGAAGGUGUGGGGUCUUUUUAAUUUUUUAAAAACUAUUGUUUUGUUUUAGUUGGAAAAGCAUAUUGUUUAAACGGUACUCUGCUUCCUGGAUAGUGGCCGACCUUCUUCUUUUAAUUAAAUGGGUGGAUGUAGUUGGCGUUGUGCUGGGCAUUGACUGCGUCGAUCGGGGUUUUUUUCCCUGUUUUUUUUUUUUUUUUCUAGUUUGCUCAUUUUUAAUUUUCUUUAAGUAGUAACUUCCAUAAUAAAAGUUUAUUUCGAAUUAUA